GUUUUUUUAACGUAUUUGUUUUUACCACACAUAACAAAGAAACAAAUACAUGGAUACACGUUAAAACAUGAUAAAAAGCAAAUAAUUUCAAAAAGGUUAACAUACAUUCCCAUAUGCAAAGAAGAAAACGGAAAUUUAAAGGAACAAUGAGGGAAGAUGUACUACCUUUCAACGUCUAACUUGUGACCAUCAGCAUACAAGGAGCAAAAAAGAACACUUGGAAACUUUCAGGAAAAAUAACCAUCAAUCGUUGACUAAGCUCAGCCACCCCAACCUUUUGGGGAUUUCUGACAUAAAAAUGUUAUUUAUGGAAUUUUAAUUUAAAAAAUUCUUCUUACAUUUCCGUGCUACUGGUAGUUUAAUCUUAAAGAGUAGAUUUAUAAUCAAUAACAAGGAUAGUGGACAUUUACUCAUCAGCAACAAGAACAGGAAUAAUAAAACGUGCUUUCAAUGGAUGACAGAGAACAGCCACAUGCAGAAGUUGUAUUCAUGGGAGGAGGUGGAGUUGGAAAAACUGCUUUAAUUCGACGGAUAAUCAAAGUAUCAAAUCCUAAUGUAUGGAACGAUAACUACGAACCAACUAUUGAAGACUCAUUCAUUAGAGAAUUUUUAGUCAGAGGAAACUUAUGUAGACUGAGACUUAUUGAUACUGCAGGAAGUUACAUGUUUCCAGCAAUGAACAGACUAUGGCAUCGAAGAGGCUCUGCAUUUGUUUUGGUCUGUGCCAGAGACAACGCAUCGAGUUUGGACAGAAUUAAAAUAAUUUUGAAGGAAAUCCAAGAUGAGAGACCAGAAGAUUACAGAAAAUUAAUAAUAGUCAUAGUCAUCAACAAAAAUGACAUCAGAGAAAAUGAAUGGAUAGUGAAAGAUGAAGAAGUAGAAAUGAUAGCAGAUAGAUCACAAAUACCAUUCAGUUCAAUCGUUCGCGCAUCAGCCCGUGACAACUAUGGUAUAGUUGAAAUUUUAAAAGUAAUGUGGACAAGAAACGAAGAAUCUGGAGAAAAUAAAAUUUUAUUUGACCCGUUACCUUCUAAAACUGAUCCAGUUGAUGGAAGAAGAAGAGCAAGUGCAUUUGCAGAGCUCUUCAGAAAUUCAUCCAAAGGAACAAUAACCCUUCAUACUGACGCUAAAGGUCCUAGACAUUCUUACACACCGACGGACAAUAGACCACCGAUAAACACGAGUACUACUUUACAUAAUGGCGAUUCGUUUGGAAUGACAUUCAUAAAAAAGCUAGGACGACUCAGCCUAGGUGGACACCGCAAUAACAAACGGGAAAAAACAGGUGUAGAACCUGCUGUCAUUAAACUAGAUUGUAAUAUGUCUUAACAUUUCAUGUGAUACUGUAAAAAAGAUCUGUUAUAUGAGUAACUGGAUAUCCAUUUACAUUUUGUACUUUUUACCUGUUUAGUUGCAAUAAGCUGACUUCGAUACAAAAGGUAUGGCCGCUAAAAUCCCCAGUAUUGUGUAGCCUGAAUAAUAA